AUGAAACCAGUUGUGUCAACAGGGAAAGCAUAUUUUUGUACGAUAUUAUCAGUCUUCGGGAUUGUCAUAUUAUCAGUCAUUGGAUACUUAUUCCAAGUAGAGCAUGAGUCAAUGAUGGGUUCAAUCAAUGAUCCAGAAAAUGGAAAAGAAGUAGCUAAAACAGUUUUCGGUGCAGUUUUAGUUUAUUUAAUAUUUUUCUUAUUCUGUGGAUGUCAGGUCUUGGUUAUUAGAAGACAGGAUAGAAUUAAGUUAUAG